GAUUCAAACACGUGCCACCAAUUAAUCCGAAACGAUUCGAGCAGAUCCGCUACGACAAAAAUGCCGAUCGUGUCAAGUCAACGGGAGAAUUUGGCACUCCGUCUCAGGCAGAAUUGGUUGGCUAGGGAGAAUUCAUCACCACCAAAUGGAGUCGAACAACUUGAUGAUAGUUUAACUUCUUUAACUUGGCUGCAAAAUCUCAAUAUUAUGUCGAUAACGUCACCAUCAUCGGCUGUUAAUCCGCAAAAAGUUCAAUCAGCUCCCAGCAGCCCUGUUGGAUCGCUGGAUCCUCAUACGCAGAACGUCGAUCCGAAUAGCGUCCUACCCAUGAAUGCGUCGUUAUUCAACCCUCAUCACGUAGGGCUUCUCAGACAAACUUCCGCCCCCAACUCAUUAGAGAACAUCGAUUAUAAGACGAAUCCGUACGUAAAGCCUCCAUAUAGCUAUGCCACUUUAAUUUGUAUGGCGAUGAAAGCCAGUAAGAAGAAUAAAAUUACGUUAUCUGGUAUAUAUUCUUGGAUAACGGAAAAUUAUAUGUAUUACCGAGUGGCCGAUCCCAGUUGGCAAAAUUCAAUACGUCAUAACUUGUCUUUAAAUAAGUGUUUUCAAAAAGUGGCCAGGAGAAAGGAUGAACCCGGUAAGGGAGGUUUUUGGAAAUUAAAUCCAGAAUACUCAGAUAUGUUUGUAAAUGGAGUGUUCAAGAAGCGAAGGCAUGCUGGAAACUUUGUUGCUCCAACAACACCUACACCUAAGCGAAUUAAAAAAGAAGUUUCCGAAACUGAGAGGGCUGUAGCAGCAUUAGAAGCAGCCAAUAGUAACGAACCAAAGGUUGUUGUUGUGAAACAAGAGCCAGAACUCCGUCCCGAUGCCAUCGUCGAUUCGUCUAGCGAUUCGACCUUGGCAGCCGAAGAUAUUUCUUGGAAUGCUCUCCUCGAACAAGACAUAGAUGUCGGGGGUAUGAAAAUGAAAACUGAGCAGAUUAUAGACGGCACCAAUAGAAAUCAUCAGGACACUCCAGACGAACUGGAGGAAUUGCUAAGAGAUGCAGAUCUGUGUACCGACGAUCAAGACAGUCCCCUUGAUCUCUGCAGCGGUGGGGCUUUGGAUUUGACUGUAUCAGGAGUUGGCAUAAAACCACCAGAGUGGUGGGAGAAAUAUUCAAUGGAGGAGUCUCAAAAUGAGGCUUCCGGCAAAUCUGGGUUAUCAACACCUAUAGCUCCGUCCCCAAUAAGCGAAGCUGGUCACCCAUGGGAAGAAUCCAAUAGGGAUGAACUAGAUCGUGCUCUGGAUAACUUGAAUGUUGGAAAUCUAUUGGAUUUCAGCAGUUUACAUUCUCCUUCGGCCAUUAAUUAA